AGAUCGAGAGAGAGAGAGAGAGAGAGAGAGAGAGAGAGGGGAAAUGGAGCAUCCGUUUUUCAUCACAAACCCUAACCGGACGGAGGCGUUGCGGUGGCUGACCAUCGCCGAGAAGCUUCUGGCCAACCGUGACUUGAUGGGGAGUAAAUCGUUUGCGACCCGGGCGCAGGAGUCCGACCCGACGAUGGUGCACGGCGAGCAAAUCCUCGCCGUCAUCGACACUCUAAUCGCCGGGGACAAGCUGGUGAACAAUCAGUUCGAUUGGUAUGGCAUCCUCCAGGUCCCUCCCAACCAGGCGCACGACUCGGAGUUCAUUGCGACUCAGUAUCGCCGACUCGCGGUCCUACUAAACCCUCAGAAGAACAACUUUCCGUUCGCCGACCAGGCUUUCCGGCUCGUCGUCGACGCUUGGACUCUGCUCUCGAACCCGUUCAGGAAAAGCGUGUAUGAUAAAGAGCUAGGGUUCUUCAUAAACCUUAACCCGAACCCGGUGCCCUCUGUGCAGCAGCAGCAGCAGCAGCCGCCCAAUCCUUUUUCCGUUGUUCCGAACUCCGGCAGAGACCAGCAGCAGCAAAUGUUCUUUGUGAGUCGAGAGCAGCAGCAGCCAUUUACCUCUGGCCAACCGUUAACGUUUCUGAGCCGUGAACCGGUUCAAACAGUGACGUUUUUGCAGCAGCCAAAUACGGGUAGGGAUCAUCAACCGCCACCGCCACCCCAAUCAGUAACAUUUCUGAGUCGGGACCAACCACCUCCGGUAACCUCCGUGCCCAGCUUGAAUGUAGACCAACUACCGACAGUGACCUAUAUGCCCGGCUCGAGUAGUGAACCACAGCCAUUUUCCUUUACGCCAAGUUCGGUUCGAGCCCAACCGCCACCCCCACCUCCACCUCCACCUCCACCUCCUGUUGCUCCCACCGAGAGCUCUACUGUGUAUCAGCAAAGGAAUGAGCCGUCACUGCAGCAAAAUGAGGGUUUCGAAAGAAACUAUCGCUCAGGUGGUUCUACCGAUAAUCUGAGUAAGGCUAAAGAAAAAGAGAGUGGAGUAGAUGAAUCAAAUAAUGAUGAAUUGAAGGAAGAUGAGCCAAAGGAUGACAUUCCUAGCUUCUGGACUGCUUGCCCGUAUUGCUAUCAUAUGUUUCAGUACCCUGAGGCUUAUGUCGACUGUACUUUGCGGUGCCAAAAUUGCAGAAUGGCAUUCCAGGCUGUAGCAAUUUCGUCUCCCCCACCAAUUAUUGAUGGGAAAGAAGCUUAUUUUUGUUGCUGGGGCUUUCUACCUUUGGGGUUUUCUGUAUCAAUCUGGGAGAAGUAUAAAGGUCAGGCCACAACUUGGACCCCUUUUUCUCCUAUGUUUAAUUGUCCUCAAACUGGGGGGAAAAAUGGGUUCACUGGGGGGAAUGUAUAUCAUUCUAUUGGAGGGCAGGGGAUUGGGAGCAAUGUUAGUGGUUUUGGAGGGGGUGGUGUAAAGAAGUCAGCCCGAAAAAUUAUUGUUGAUGAUGAUGUGUUUGUAGAAUUAUCAGACUCUAGUGAAGAGUCGGAUGUGGAUUGGAGGAAUGGCUAUAAUAAGAAGAGAAAGAAAGCAAAGAGUUUGAAGGGAAAAGGGGUUGGGACAGGUACUCCUAAUAGAACUGCUAUGAAACAGCAAGCUGAUAAUGGAAAUAAUGUCAAAGAUAAUGCUGGAGAUAAUUUUCAAGAUGGUGUUACAGUUCGGAGUGGUGCUCGCUUGCCAGCUGAAUUGCGUAAGAAAGGUGCGGCAAGUAACACAAGGAGGCAAUCUGGGAGGAUUGCCAAAGACUAUGGAAAAUUGGAUUUGAAUGUGGAGUUUAGUAAUGAGGUUGAAGAGCCUCCACCAGGAAUGAAUGGGCAAGUAGAUGGAACAGGAAGAGGAGAAGAUGAUGGCAUUGAAGGGAAUGGGUUUUUUGAGGGUCUUGAUGAAUUUUUAAACAGUCUUCCUAUUCUCAAUGUUGUUGGUGAUGAUAAGGUAAAGGCUGCCUAGUGAAGUUAGGCAUUUCUUUUGUUGUAAUUGUAGCUCUAGUCUAGCUUUUGCAUUUUGUAUGUAGUAAGGAACUAUAUAGAGCUACUUGGAUAAUGGCCUUGAUGUUUUCUCCAGCUGUGUGCUGCAAAUGUAAUGGCCGUAAUGCCCUAACUGUUGCUUUAGUCUAGCUUUUGCCUUUUGUAUGUUCGUAGUAAGGAACAAUGUGGAGCUACUUGGAUACUUGCCUAUGGUUUCUCCUGUAGCUUUUUCGCUGCAAAUGUGGUGGCAGUGAUUUCUUCCUCAUGCUGCCUUUUGUAUUUGCAACAAUCAGUUCAAUAAUUCUGUCUCCUUUACUAUGCUGCAAAA